GUUUAAGCGGCACUGCGAUAGUACCUCUCUCUCUCUCUCUCUCUCUCCAUCUUUUUUCCUCACGAGAAAUCGGAGAACAACAUCAUCCUCAUCAUCAUCAUCAACAACAAUAUCAUCAACUUCAAUAUCAAUAUCAAUAUCAAUGCCAUCUUAACCUUUCAAUUCCUCUCUAUAAUCUCUACAUAUAUAUAUGUGAAAACUCUCAAUUGAUAUUUUUGUUUCUGUUUCCAAACAUUGCUGCGUUACAUUCCAUCAAUGGAUCGACGCUCAAUUCCUAGGAAAUCGUUCAGGAUUCGGAUCUGUAGAUCGCCUGCGAGCUGCAUUUGUGUCUUGUUCGACGUUCAGUAGCGGAAGACAAGGAGGCGGCGAAGAAGAAGAAGAAGAAUAAGAAGAAGCUUUCUGUGAUUAUUAAUGGAGAAGAAGAAGUAUCCAAUCGGACCCGAGCACUACACUCUUUACGAGGAGGUAGGGCAGGGUGUGAGUGCUUCGGUUCAUCGCGCUGUCUGUAUCCCACACAACGAGAUUGUCGCUAUCAAAAUUCUCGAUUUCGAACGCGACAAUUGUGAUCUGAAUAACAUAUCUCGUGAAGCACAGACCAUGGUCCUGGUUGACCACCCUAAUGUUCUAAAAUCACAUUGCUCAUUUGUAAGCGAUCAUAAUCUGUGGGUUGUCAUGCCAUUCAUGGCUGGGGGUUCUUGUCUCCACAUAUUGAAGGCUGCUUAUCCAGAUGGUUUUGAGGAGGUUGUUAUUGCAACAGUAUUGCGUGAGGUAUUGAAGGGCUUGGAGUAUCUUCAUCAUCAUGGACACAUUCAUCGGGAUGUCAAGGCUGGAAAUAUUCUUAUUAAUGCACGUGGUGCGAUUAAGCUUGGAGAUUUUGGUGUAUCUGCUAGCUUAUUUGAUUCAGGGGAUAGGCAACGGACAAGGAAUACAUUUGUGGGGACACCAUGCUGGAUGGCACCUGAAGUUAUGGAGCAAUUGCAUGGCUAUGACUUCAAGGCUGAUAUCUGGUCUUUUGGCAUUACUGCUUUAGAGCUUGCCCAUGGCCAUGCUCCUUUUUCAAAGUAUCCUCCAAUGAAGGUAUUACUUAUGACCUUGCAAAAUGCACCUCCUGGCCUUGAUUAUGAGAGAGACAAGAAGUUCUCUAAGUCUUUUAAGCAGAUGACUGCAAGUUGCUUGGUAAAAGAUCCUUCAAAACGGCCUUCUGCAAAAAAGUUGCUAAAGCAUUCCUUCUUCAAGCAAGCUAGAUCUAAUGAUUAUAUAGCGCGGACGCUUUUGGAGGGGCUUCCCGCUCUUGGUGAUCGUCUCAAGGCCUUGAAGAGAAAAGAAGAAGAUAUGCUUGCACAAAAGAAAAUACCAGAUGGACAAAUGGAGGAAAUGUCACAGAAUGAAUACAAACGAGGGAUUAGUGGUUGGAACUUCAAUCUUGAAGACGUGAAGGCUCAAGCUUCCUUGAUCCAGGAUGAGGACAUUAUAUCUGAAAAAGAUCUGGGUGGAAGCUCAGUUAGUUCUUCUGGGCUUGACCAUGAAAAGGAAUUGCAGCAUCAGUUGUCUUCAGUGAGCUACUGUUCACAAGUUUCAGAUAUAGAAGAUAAUGAUCUGAUGCAGAAUCAACCAUCUUCUCUAUCAGCCGACGCAACUCUGACUAAUGCGUUAACUAAAUAUGAGAAAUCCGAUGAUGAUGCAAGCAUUGCUGGUUCAAACCAUGAACACCAAGUUUUACAAAAUUCUGCCUCCUGUUUUGAGGAUAAUGUUGAAAAUAAUUUGUCUGGAAAACCUGGCUCAGAUGUCAGUGGAAGAAACGUUGACGGCAUGGCUGUGCAAGGUCAUCAGAGGAGGGGAAGUUCAUCAGGCAAUAUCAUUUUUCCAGAUGGUUGUGUUCUCCCAAGCAAAGGAGAGGGUGAUAAAUCGCAAAAUCAGCUACAAAACAUGUCGAGUUGCAGUGGAGCUCCUGUUCCACAGGCAUUGGACGAUGCACCUCCUGAAAUUCUGUCUAGAGCUUCUAGAACUUCAGUAAACAGUGAAGAGCUUGAUGACAAGGUAAAGCCACUUGUUCAACAAAAGGGACGUUUCAAAGUAACCUCUGAGAAUGUCGACUUAGAAAAGGUGGGACCAAAUCCUUUGAUGCAAAAGAGUCACAGCAUGCAGGUGCUUACCCAACAUCCCAGCACUCCUUGUCUAUCACCUACUGAGGCUACACCCGGCCAUAACCUUUUUCCGACAUUGCAGUCUGUUCUGCAAACAAAUAUUCUUCAAAGGGAGAGUAUACUUAGCCUAAUGAAGCAAAUCUCCACUGGUGACUCUACAGUUGAUGGAGGAGGUAUGCCAGUGAAUACAACUGUGAUGGAGAAAUCAUUGCUAGAGGCCGCUCAUGACAGGGAGAAGGAGCUACUUCAUGAAAUAACUGAUUUGCAAUGGAGGCUAAUAUGUGCCCAAGAAGAGCUUCAGAAAUAUAAAACCGAACAUGCUCAGGUUUGUUUUAACUUUUACUAGGCCAUGAGAAACCGACUGCGUAGCUCCACCGAUAUAUCCUGGACCUUGGUGAAAUUAUUCUUGUACAUGAUCAAUAUUAUUUUUUUCACAAAGGCUUGUAAUAUAUUGUCAUUAGACCUUUUGUAUUUAGGAUUUUCUGGCAAAUUGCUAUUUCUUCUUGUUUGUAUAAUUUUUCUUUCUUUGUCAUUUAUUGUAGUAUUAAUUUAAAGUUUGCUUGAAAGGUUCAAGUUUGUAUA